UGGCCAUCGCUGAUCGUGCCACAUUUUGCAGCAGGCCAUUGCAGCGGUUGCACCAAGAUUAAUUCACGCAGACCCACAGCCAACUGACAUGCAACAGAGAUGAGCGACUUGGUGAGGUUCCUUUUACUGACUGUGCUCUGUAGUUCGCUGGCUCUGGCCCAGGACAGCAGUGGCGAUGGCAACCAGGAGACAUCCACCGCCAGCCAGGAGGCAGCUCGAGGUUUGGCCAGCAGCUAUGAGCCGGAGGACAAGCAGGCGCUGCGCAAGAACUCGCACAUCUUCAUGGGCAUCUACAAGAACUACAAGAGCACCUAUUUGGGCAACAAAACGACCAGUGAGUACAAGAAACGUCUACGGGAUCGCGUGACUGCUCCCCAAAUGGCGGAAAAUGAGACACCUGAAACGGUUGAGCCCGAUCAAGAGGACCCAAGGGAUUCUCUGGCCCAGGAAAUUCGUCAGGAUGCCCAGGCCGAGGCUCUGAUGGAGACCCAAACAGAGUCCCCCAACUACGAUGAUAGUGAAUCACUAGCUGCCAAAAAACGACGCAAACGCAAGCGCAAGGAUCGCAACAAGCGAAAGGAGGAGGUGGAAUCCGAAACUGAUCAGCCCGAUCCUUCGACGGAGGACGAGAGCAUACAGCGGUACAAUGUGGGUCCUGGACUGAACGUCAGUCUGGACAUGAGCAACGAUAUAGUGCAUGUGAAACUGGAUGGCGAGAAUCUUAAGGAGAUCAUUGGCGCUCGCUGGUUAACCUUAGACAAUAGUGAAGAAGGUCGCGGCAAGAAGUACGACAUGAUCACCAAAGUCUUACCACUCUUCAUUCUCCCCUUCCUCAUCCAAUCGGCCAUUGUUCCAUUUCUGGUCACCAAGCUGAAGCUGCUCCUGGUCAAAUCGAUUCUGGUGGGCAAGCUGGCCAUCUUCCUGCUGAUCAUCUCGGCCAUCAAGAAUGGCAACAAGAUGGUACAGAGCUACGAGGUGCCCUCCUACUGGGCCGGCGAACCAAGUCGGAGAUCGGAGUUGGCCGCCGCUGCCUCCUCGGCGGCUGCCGCAUACAAUGGCUAUCGGGUGGAGGGUAAGCCAACCACCUGGAUCAGCUAGGCGGUCUCACAUGGCUAUAAGUUUCGGUUCUAGGCUUUUAGUGCUUCCAAAUAAACAUAUACACAAAUCGGGUUGAUCAUCAUA